UGGCGUGCGGGAUCCGAGUGGCUGCGGGGCGGCCUGGGCUGCCCGGCCGACGCCUGCUGCGAGAUGGCGAUCUUGGGCGCGGAGGGCUGAAGAGGCGCCGCCGCGGUGGCCGCGGGCCCCGGGAGCCGCAGCUUCGCGCGCGGGGUUGUCUCCUCACCAGACUAUGAGCUCCUUGACAGAAGAAAUCGUGUCUUAUUCAUCUUUGUAUCCUCAGUGUCUGGCACAAUUCUUGAUACACAAGUCAAGGUGAAUUUUGGGACAUGGCCACUGCUUCACCAAGGUCUGACACUAGUGAUAUCCACAGUGGAAGGUUACAGUUAAAGGUAACGGUUUCCAGUGCCAAACUAAAAAGAAAAAAGAACUGGUUUGGAACAGCAAUAUAUACUGAAGUCAUUGUAGAUGGAGAAGUUAAGAAAACAGCAAAAUCCAGUAGUUCCUCUAAUCCAAAAUGGGAUGAGCAGCUGAUUGUAAAUGUGACCCCACAGACCACCUUGGAGUUUCGAGUUUGGAGUCAUCACACUUUAAAGGCAGAUGCUCUGUUAGGAAAAGCAACAGUGGACUUGAAACAAGUGCUGUUAACACACAACAGAAAAUUAGAAAAAGUGAAAGAACAAUUAAAACUUUCCUUGGAAAACAAGAAUGGAAUAGUGCAAACUGGGGAACUGACAGUUGUCCUUGAUGGAUUAGUGAUUGAGCAAGAACCUGUACCAAACCACAGCUCCUCGCCACCCAUAGAAAUUCAGCAAAAUGGAGAUGCCUUACAUGAGAAUGGAGACCCUGCAACAAGGACAACUCCCAGGUUGUCUGUUGAAGGUACUAUUGGAAUUGAUAAUCAUGUAUCAACCAACACUGUUGUUCCCAACUCCUGCUGUUCACAUGUAGUUAAUGGAGAAAACACACCUUCAUCCCCGUCUCAGGUUGCUGCCAGACCCAAAAAUACUCCAGCUCCAAAACCAGUCACAUCUGAGCCCACCAGUGACACAGUUAAUGGAGAAUCGCCAUCUGCCCUAGCUGAUAAUACUUCAUCCAUGGGUACUUUACGGCCGUCUGAAGAGACCACCUCGGCUUCCAGUUGCACUAGCACCACCGUCCAAGAGCCUCCUGUACAAGAGCCCCCAGCAGCCUCAGAGCACAGUGAAUGUACUCCCUCUGCCAGUGCAGAAGUGCGACCAGAAGCUCGGAGCCUCAUAGACCCGGACUCUGAUUCUAGAAAUAAUUCUGGUUUUGACAAAGUAAGGCAGCCAGAAGGGUGUGUAGAACCUCUGCGGCCACAGUCUGGAAACACCAACACAGAAGCUUUGCCAUCAGGGUGGGAACAGAGAAAAGAUCCUCAUGGUAGAACCUAUUAUGUAGAUCAUAAUACUCGAACUACUACUUGGGAAAGACCACAACCUUUGCCUCCAGGUUGGGAAAGAAGAGUUGAUGAUCGUGGAAGAGUUUAUUAUGUGGAUCAUAACACCAGAACAACAACCUGGCAGCGACCUACUAUGGAAUCUGUUCGAAAUUUUGAACAGUGGCAGUCUCAGCGGAAUCAAUUGCAGGGAGCUAUGCAACAAUUCAACCAACGAUACCUCUACUCGGCUUCAAUGUUAGCUGCUGAAAAUGACCCCUAUGGACCGUUACCACCAGGCUGGGAGAAAAGAGUGGAUUCAACAGACAGAGUUUACUUUGUGAAUCAUAACACAAAAACAACCCAGUGGGAAGAUCCGAGAACUCAAGGCUUACCAAAUGAAGAACCCCUGCCGGAAGGCUGGGAAAUUAGGUAUACUCGGGAAGGCGUUAGGUACUUUGUCGAUCAUAACACAAGAACAACAACAUUCAAAGAUCCUCGCAACGGGAAGUCGUCAGUAACUAAAGGUGGUCCACAGAUUGCUUAUGAACGCAGCUUUAGGUGGAAGCUUGCUCACUUCCGUUACUUGUGCCAGUCUAAUGCACUACCCAGUCAUGUAAAGAUCAAUGUGUCCCGACAGACAUUAUUUGAAGAUUCCUUCCAACAGAUUAUGGCAUUAAAACCAUAUGACUUGAGGAGGCGAUUAUAUGUAAUAUUUAGAGGAGAAGAAGGUCUUGAUUAUGGUGGCCUUGCAAGAGAAUGGUUUUUCUUGCUUUCCCAUGAAGUUUUGAACCCAAUGUAUUGCUUAUUUGAGUAUGCAGGCAAGAAUAACUAUUGUUUACAGAUAAAUCCAGCAUCAACUAUAAAUCCUGACCAUCUUUCAUACUUCUGUUUUAUUGGUCGCUUUAUUGCAAUGGCACUGUUCCAUGGAAAGUUUAUUGAUACUGGUUUCUCUUUACCAUUCUACAAGCGUAUGCUAAGUAAAAAACUUACUAUUAAGGAUUUGGAAUCUAUUGAUACUGAAUUUUACAACUCUCUAAUCUGGAUAAGAGAUAACAAUAUUGAAGAAUGUGGCUUAGAAAUGUACUUUUCUGUAGACAUGGAAAUUCUGGGAAAAGUUACUUCACAUGAUUUAAAGUUAGGAGGUUCCAAUAUCCUGGUGACGGAAGAAAACAAAGAUGAAUAUAUUGGUUUAAUGACAGAAUGGCGUUUUUCUCGAGGAGUACAAGAACAGACCAAAGCUUUCCUUGAUGGGUUUAAUGAAGUUGUUCCCCUUCAGUGGCUACAGUACUUUGAUGAAAAAGAACUGGAGGUUAUGCUGUGUGGCAUGCAGGAGGUUGACUUGGCAGACUGGCAGAGAAAUACUGUUUAUCGACAUUAUACAAGAAACAGCAAGCAAAUUAUUUGGUUUUGGCAGUUUGUGAAAGAGACUGAUAAUGAAGUACGAAUGCGACUCUUGCAGUUUGUCACUGGAACCUGUCGCUUGCCUCUAGGAGGAUUUGCUGAGCUCAUGGGAAGUAAUGGGCCUCAAAAGUUUUGUAUUGAAAAAGUUGGCAAAGACACCUGGUUACCAAGAAGCCAUACAUGUUUUAAUCGCUUGGAUCUACCACCAUAUAAGAGUUAUGAACAACUAAAGGAAAAACUUCUUUUUGCAAUAGAAGAGACAGAGGGAUUUGGACAAGAAUGAAUGUGACUUGUCUUGGAGGAGCUCUUGCAUUUAAAUACCCCAGCCAAGAAAAAUUGCACAGAUAGUGUAUAUAAGCUGUUCAUUCUGUACAGUUAACUUUCUGAACCUUUCAAAGUAUAAAUGUUUUCCGUUCUUCCACAGAAAUAUGCAAAACAUUUCAUCAUUUUCUACUUUAUUUAUUGUUCCCUUUAAAUGACUGACCAGGAAAAAAAAAACCAUCUUUAAAUUUUGACGCAAGCAAGAGAAUUUAUUAAAAAGUAUAUAUCUAUAUAACCAUAUAUGACAGUGGCUCUAGUUUUAUAGAGCGCCAGGUGUAUUAAACAUGGCAGCCGUUCAUUCACAAAACUCUGAAUUUGCUUUGCCUUGUUUCUAUUAUACAGGGGAAAAGUGCAGAUGUUUCAUGUUUUUCUCCCUAGGUGACAUUGGAUUGUGUUUAGCUGCAUGGCUGUUCUGGAAGGUAUUUAGGGCUUAAGCCCCUCUUACUUUAAGUGUAUU